AUGCCUAUUCUCCUCUCUGCAUUCCUGGGUCUCUGCUUCUGCCAACUGAUUUCCAGUGACCUCUCUGAAAAUGACACUGUGGUGAUCACCAGCUCUGGAUCCAUUAAAGGCAUGAGAGUCCUAACUAAGUCUGGUGCCGUAAAUGCCUAUCUAGGAAUUCCGUAUGCUGAGCCUCCAGUAGGGAAACUGCGCUUCCAGAAACCUGUCCCACAUCAACCAUGGAGCCAUGUCUUGGAGGCUACCCACUUUGGGAAACCUUGUCACCAAUGGACCUCUUUUAGCUAUCCUUAUUCAAGAAUGUGGGUUGCCAGUAAGCCCCAUUCUGAAGACUGUCUUUUCCUCAAUAUUUGGGUGCCUCACCCCCAGCCCUCCGUGUCAGUCCCUAUCCUUGUUUGGAUCCACGGUGGAGGAUUUACUGUUGGUUCAGGGUCUUCGGUCUUAUACAACGGGUCAACAUUGGCUGCUACCGAAAAUGUCAUUGUGGCAUCUAUGAACUAUCGGGUGGGGAUCUGGGGCUUUCUCUUCUUCCCACCAGAAGCCCCAGGGAACAUGGGCUUAUGGGACCAAUAUCUGGCUCUGAAGUGGUUGAAGGAAAAUGCAGCAGUCUUUGGCGGAGAUGCAGAUAAGUUGACUCUCAUUGGCCACAGUGCGGGAGCAGCCUCUGUGGGAUUCCAGCUCCUCUCUCCUGUAAGCCAAUCCCUUUUUGACCGAGCGGUGCUCCAGAGUGGAGCUCCCAAUGCACCCUGGGCUUCAAUGCUGCCCGAAAAGGCCCAGAAAUAUGCCCGUUAUUUAAUUGGUCUGUUGAACUGCAGAAAAGGAAACCACAGUGCCACGAUGAGCUGUCUCCAAAAUAAGGACGUCGGUGUGUUUCUGAAUUUCAGUUCUUUUUUCUUACCCACCUACGAUGGGGAUUUCCUUCCUGAAGAUCCAAAGAGAUUUCUAGAGAAGGGGACAAUUCCAGCAAAGCCACUACUUAUAGGUAUUACAAGGGAUGAUGGCACAGUCUUUAUACCUCGAGUUUUCAACGAUGUAGACGAUGACAAAAACGAGACCUGGGAGCAGGUCAUAUCAGGUAUAGACAUUAUAUUACGAAGACAUUUUGAAGAAGACAUUAUCAAGGCUGUAGCGCUUAAGUACAAUGAAGAUAAACAAGGGCCGAAUCUGAAUCGACAGAUCUUGGCUCAUUUUAGUAGAGAUCACUAUUUUGUGUGCCCACUAAUUGACAUUGCUGCAAGGAUGGCAGCAACGAAGGGCUCUGUGUAUGUUUACUCCUUCAAUCACCAAAUUUCGACUUCCAUCUGGCAAGAAUGGAUGGGUGCAGCUCAUGGAGUUGAGGUCCCUUUUCUCUUUGGAACCCUCUCGUCACUCCCAGGACUCAAUCAAUCAGAUGCAGAAGCUGACAGGGUACUAAGCCAACGGGUGAUGCAUUACUGGGCCCAGUUUGCCAGAAGUGGGAAUCCCUCCAAAUUCACAUCUGGUGAAGUUCAAUGGCCACAUUACAAUGCUACUGAACAAAACAUCUACCAGAUCAGCACCGAGGCACCUCAAAUCAUGCAGUUUUUGCCAC